AUGCUUUUCUACAAGAUGCUGUUGGCCGUACUGCUGGUGUUCGUGUAUGAAGUAAAUGGUGCUCAAAUUGGCGCGCCGAAUGUUGCUGUACCUCCUGGCGCGAGUAGUGCUGGUCAACGUCCGCAUAAUAUUAGAGAUUGCAUUAAAUUAUGCGAACUACUCAAUCCGGGUGAAGAGUUGAGAUGCGCACAAGCAUGUCUGCAAGAUCCAAGGAUCUUUCUUGCGACGGACGGCCGUGACUGGGCAGCGAACAAAGGAAAGAAACACGCUUACAAAUACAGAACGUAA